AUGGUCGAAUUGCUUACGGUACCGCCGAGAUCCGAUGUCAUACUCUGGGCUACGGAGAAUUCAUCCAACACUCACGUUGUCGUGGCUGCCCUCUCCCAGUCUGCCGGUAUCCUUCUAGAAGGACUCUCCGUUCCUCAAACACUGACGAUAUCUCGUAACCGGCCACUUAAGAGUCUAGACCAUUUCUUCCGCAGAUCACAAGCAAAUCAUCUCAUCUGUCCCCCCCCUCCCUCUCGUCCCGGCUCAUAUCCAGCUCCGCUCCUCGUCAGUCUUCACGUCACAUACGUCCACUGGGGUUCGUCGAGGCCUACAUCUGCGCCUCCACCCAGUGUCGAGUCCCCCAUACCCGGAAGGCCGCUAAUGCACAGCGCAUUCCCCGCUAAGCCCAUCCCCUGUACAGUGUCAUUCUCAGUGCCGGCAGCACCAGCGGCACCCCAAGCACCAGCCCCAAGCCCAAGCUCGAGGCCUCGUUCCCAGACCAGUAUGAUGGAGGCCAUAUCCCAGCGCAACUUCAAUUCCUCCAUCGCCAACUUUUCAACUCCCACGUCGCUGUCGUUGACGUCGCAGCCAGGCCCAGGUCCUCUCUACUGGCCCUUCGACGCCCGAUCUUACCCUGCCCUCGCCUGGGCUCCUGAUACAUUCGCCUACAGCUGCAAUCCUCCCUACGCCGCUGUAAAGGCCCCUGCGACUGCGACUUCAACAAAACCCACUGGGCGCCGCCCGCGCCAGCCUGCCGCGAUAUCUCGUUGCACGGCCAGGACAAAGGCCAGCACCGCCUCCUGCACGAGCGCCAGCAACAAGAGCGCUUCGUCUUCUGCUACUUCUUCCGCGAGAUCUUCACCUGCUUCGUCGAGGGGCAUCUCCCCGCGCAUCAAGUCCAAGAUGCCAGGACGACCUCCCAAGCGGGCUGCUAGCAAUGGCGAAGAUGAUGGCACGAUUCAAGCUCCCGGCAAAGUCAAGCUUCCCAGGCUAGAACGUGGCCCAGACGACUUCUCCAGCGUGGUCAAGAACAGACUACAGUCUUAUACACGCACUGGUCAAGCUUGCGACCGAUGCAAGGUUCGAAAGAUCCGAUGCGAUGCACUCCCAGAAGGCUGCUCCCACUGCACCAACCAAAACCUUGAAUGCUAUGUCACAGAUCGCGUGACAGGGCGCACAGAGCGAAGAGGAUACAUGCAGGAGCUGGAGAGGGAAAAGAGCGACAUGCUCUCCCAUAUCCGCGAUCUUGAGAAGCUCCUCGACAACAAGGGCGUCGAAGUCAAGCCCUGGGAGUGGUCACCUUAUGCACAGUGCCCCUCCGAAUCAAACUUUGAUGACAUGGGCAACCCAAUUCCUGACCCCAAGACCGGCGAAACAUGGUCUCAAGUCGGCAGCGCAUUGUUCAAAGACUCUGGAUCAGCCCCUAGCCUGUCUCCCAGCUUCCCUCGCACAUUAGAGUCCCGCGCUCAUGACAACCAUCUUGGUGUUGGAAUGGACAGUGCUCCUCUCAGUUCAAUCGGGGGUACGCGACUGUCAAUUCUAGGGAUGACAGUCGACCUCGCGUCCUUUGAGCCACGAGAUGCGGAGGAGCCUCCAGUCGAUGGCAAGGUGGCGCCGUCGUACAACAAGUCCCCGCAAUCUUUCCUCCAAUCCAUCAUGAGAGUCAAUCCUCCGAUGGAGGCUGAGAUGCCUUCUCGAGAAGAUGCCUUCACCUGGGCCGAAUGGUACUUCAUGACCUUCUCCGCUUUCCUUCCAGUCCUCCAUAAGCCCUCUUUCAUGCGAUUGUUGACCCGCAUGUACGAUGAACCUAAUUUUGAGCCUUCGGUGGCGGAGCUUGUUACUGUGCACAUGGUUUUCGCCAUCAUUUGCUUCCAGUAUGGCACAAGAAACUGGCAACAGGUUGACCAGCGCGCUCAAAUGAAUGAGCGAUCCAACAGCCACUACCAUUUCGCCCUCAGCAAGUUCUUUGAGUUGACAUGCACACGAGACCUGGCUUCGGUCCAGGCCAUGGCCAUGGUGGUCAAGCAUACCAGAGCUUUCCCAAAGCCCGGUGUUGUGUCAAUCGUCGCCAACCUUGCUCUUCAACGCGCACUCGAAUUGAAUCUGCACCGAGAGUCAAGAAAGCCAGGCGAGCCCAACAAUCUCCAACAUGAGCUUCGCAAGAGAGCUUUCUGGGUCAUCAUGACUGUCUACAUCGCUGUUACCGGGCGUCGUGGCCGGCCGAUGCCUAUCACCGUUGAGGAAUUCGACGUCGGCUUUCCCGAGCCUAUCGCUGAUGAGCUCCUUUCAGAUGAAGGCGUCGACACGUCCCGUGACAUUCCUUGCCCUUACUGGCCAGGUAUUGUGAGCUUCAAGAUCAUUCCCAUCUACAUGGAACUGUACUCCAACAUUUACAGUGUUCGACGGGAUGCGCGAAACUAUGUCAGCAUCGUCAGGGCGCUUGAGGCUCAGAUCAAGAAGUGGGAGGACGAGCUCCCCGGCCACAUGGUGAUUGACCAUGCUGAGCAGACCGAGCAAACCCGUCUUGCAGCUGUCUACGCCAAGACAUGGGCGCUUGAGUUUCGUCUUUGCCUGCGACAUCCUUCAGUGGCCAUGACCAGUGACAAGGCCAUGAUGGCUGAGAACAUGGCCAUCUGCGAGGAUGUCUCACGCCAAAUGCUUCACUGUCAAAUGGAGAUCCAGAAGUGCAAGUGCCUUGAUACGACAUGGUACCAGACUUCGAUGUACACCGCUGGCACCUUUACCAUGCUGGCUGCCAUGUGGGAGAGGCGUUUCGAAACGACUCCAGAGGCCAUUGCCACAUUGCGGGAGGAGAUGAACGGUUGGAUCGGCAUUCUUGAGGAAGCCGGCUCUCUUCUCGGCUCGGAUACCAGCAUUGCCAAUGAGAUUGGAAACAUCAUUGACCGCACGAUUGCGUGGAUUGACCAUGAUAUGCGCAACAAGGAGACAAAGAGUGCUCAGCCUUCUGCCACACUGGAGGUCAAACAGGAGCCAGCUCCAAGUUACCCAUCUUCUCAGGUCCAGUCCGCACCCACCAGUGGAGGGGCUCAAAGUGAAGUCCCAUCUACCAAAAGCUACUUUCCCGAGUCCGACCUGAACGGCCAGACUCCUUACCCAACACUCGCCUACAAUGAUCACUCACAGAACAACAUGGCACCUCCAGCUUAUGACACUGGAGCCAUGUUCUACAAUACUUCUGCAUCAAUCGCAACUACCACGUCGGCACUCCCGUCGUCUGUGGCGCAAGUGAACCCGAUGCUCGCAUUCUCACAGCCUCCCCACGUCGCGCCUCAGCCCGACAUGAUGUGGCAGAGCCGCGGAAACACCUGGCAUGACUGGACAUCCGCCAUCGCUGAUACGCAAGAUCGCUUCAGCGCAUCGACACUCUUGACGCUUGGAGACAAUACACGAGAUGCCUCGACAGGCGCGGGCGUCCCGGGCGUCACAUCCAGCCCUUCGGCAAAUGACAUCAACAGCAUUCAACAGGGAGGCCAGUGGCCGCUGAUUAUUUUUGACCAGGUGGCGCCAAAUGGAUCUUGA